GAAAUGGCUUUUAUUUCAACCUUUGUCAUUUCCAUGUUAUUUAGUCAACUAGUUUUUGUGUGUCAUUGCAAUCCAACUUGUAAAUUAGGAUACCCAAUAGAUGAAAUCCCAGUGUACAAAGAAGACAGAUACUAUGUGCAUUUUGCACAAAACUUGGAGUUUUUGGAAGCAGAAUAUUUUCUAUGGUCUUCCUAUGGAUAUGGUCUUGAUGUAAUGGAACCAUGUUUAACCAAGGGAGGACCCCCUCCGAUUGGUGGCCAAAAGGCAAAUCUUGAUCCAUUCACACUCAAUAUUAUCAAGGAAUUUGCCAAUGAAGAAAUUGGUCAUCUAAGGGCAAUUGACUCAAUAAUGGGCAGCAUUACUAGACCUUUGCUGAAUCUUACCUCUGAAAAUUUUGAAAAAAUAUUUGAUGAAGCAUUUGGAUACAAUUUGGAGCCCCCAUUUGAUCCUUAUAGGGAUAGCUUGCAUUACAUGCUAUCUUGUUAUAUUAUACCAUAUGUUGGUAUGACUGGCUAUGUUGGUAUGAAUCCCAACCUCAAAGGCUAUGCCUCAAAACGUCUUGUGGCAGGACUAUUGGGAACGGAAGCUCAACAAGAUGCAAUUAUUCGUAUAUACCUUUAUGAGAGAGCUAAUGAAGUAGUAUAUCCUUAUGGAUAUACUGUGGUUGAUUUCACGGCUCGAAUCUCAAAUUUGAGAAACCAAUUAGGAAAGUGUGGAAUCAAAGAUGAAGGCAUUAUAGUUCCGUGUGAACUUGGAGCUGAAAAUCGAACGGAAACUAACGUAAUAUCUGCUAAUUAUUAUUCCCUCGCGUACUCUAGAACUCCACCUGAGAUUCUAAGGAUCGUGUACACAACUAGCGAUGAACAUAUACCUGGUGGAUUCUAUCCCGAUGGUGCUAAUGGGAAAAUUGCAAGAGAAUUCCUCAAAGAGCCAUGA